AAAAUUACGUCUGUUGAAUGCACUCCCCCAUUCAGAGUGUUGGUAACACUAUUAAAUGACAGUUCAAUAUUUUCAUAAUACCAAAACCAAAAUAUCAUUAAUAAUAAUAAAAACAAAUACCAUAACAAGAACAAAGUAAAUUAUUAAGAAAUAAUUGUUCAAAGAAACCUUAAACAGUUUCAAUCAUGUCUCAUACGUUUGCAAUGGGCGACCCUUACGUAGUCUCAGUGGAAGACAUGGAAGAAGACCCCGAUCAACUGGCAGCUGAAAACACCGACGAUUCGAGCCACGGCGAAAAAUCGGGGGCCCCGUUACGGGAACAAGACCGCUUCCUACCCAUUGCCAACGUUGCAAAAAUAAUGAAAAAAGCAAUCCCGGACACUGGCAAAGUCAACAACAAAAUCGCCAAAGAUGCCAGGGAGUGCGUGCAAGAAUGUGUUUCAGAAUUUAUCAGUUUUAUAACAAGCGAAGCUAGUGACCGGUGCCAUUUGGAGAAACGUAAAACCAUCAACGGCGAGGAUAUUUUGUUCGCUAUGAGUACUCUAGGUUUUGACAAUUAUGUCGAGCCUCUGAAGUUGUACUUGCAAAAGUACAGGGAGGCGGUCAAGGUGGACAAGAAUUUGCUGCAGCAGGGGUACGAGGACGAGGACCCUUUGUUUGGCGGUAUCAGUACAGAUAAUACUGAUGGCACAGUUAUUUAUACUGUACAAAAUAAUUUUUAAUAAAUUGUUUAAGUAUAUCUUGUGUAAUUAUUAGAGAAUUGUUUUUUUAACACUUCUAAUGGUAAAUCACCUAUUCCUUA